AUGCGGAUUUUUCGGAUCGGCGUCCUUGCCUUUUUGCUCGGCAUUUGCGUGGGAGAUCAGUUUAAAGACCCUAAACUUCUCACGAAACCGUAUGUCCCCCCAUGGGCGACCCUGCCGGAUACUCCCACCCUGCCAACGGCGAUAGAGAGCGGCCACGUUAACGUCAGCAAUGAGACGGCCAUCUGGUACGGUUUCUACGGGCAACAGCUCUCCCACACACUGGAUUGCAGGCAGAUACCGGUGUUGUUCCUGCACGGCGGUUUCGCCAACUCCGAUUAUUUUGGCCAUCAGAUCAAGGCACUCAUCGACUUGCCCUUCACCCUGAUGGCGAUCGAUUCUCGAGGCCAGGGGCGGUCCACGGACGGACCGGGGCCGAUCACAUACGAUCGGAUGGCGGACGAUGUCCUCGCGGUACUGGAUCAUUUUCAGAUCCCCAAAGUCGCCUUGGUUGGCUGGUCGGACGGCUCGAUCAUUGGCUUUGAUAUCGCCAUGAACCACUCCUCCCGUCUGGAUCGAUUAUUCUCCUUUGCCGGAAGCUAUGAUUUCUCAAACGGAAACACGACGCUCAACACUAACCCAAUUUUCAACGACUAUCUCCGGCGCACGGAGCGGGAGUAUAAGCGUCUCAAUCCAAAUCCGAAACGCUGGCCGAAACUGUCCGACCAGAUAAACGAAAUGUGGUCUACCCUGCCGGUCUGGGAUCAAGAAUCGUUUGGCCAGAUACCGACGCUAUAUGCAGACCAGUCGGCUCCUCUGGUAUGGAUCGUGGAUGGAGACAACGAAGAAGUGGUGAAUCGGACCGUACCUGCCGUCCUUCGUGACUGGGUAAGAAAUCAUAAAACGUAG